AUGGCUAGCGUAGAGGACCUGACCACGAAAUUCGCGUCGCUUGGACUCACAGGCGACAAGGCCAAGGAGGCGGCUGGCAACAAGAAGCUGGCGCCGACGCUGAACACGAUCGUCGAUGCAACGGGCCAGUCGUCGUUCGAAAAAGUCGAUGGGCAUGCUGCUGUACAGCCUGGGCACGACGGCUACCAAAGGAGAAGACGCCGCAUGUGGAGUACAUCGCCAGGGCUAUCGCCUCUGGCCGGACUGGCGUCGUCCGAGCAGGUGUCUGCAGCGACAAAGUUCUGCGCCAAGAACGACCCGGCAGCCAACGAGCAGGCGUUCGACGAGGCGUGCGGCGUGGGCGUGGAGGUGAGCGAUGCGGCGAUUGCGCAGCAUGUGACCGCGGUGAUUGAUAGCAUGAAGGCGAUGCUGGUCGAGCAGCGGUACCGGGCGCUGGGGCGGGCGCUGGGCGCAGUCAAGAAGACGUCGGAGCUGCGGUGGGCGAACUCGGGCAAGGUCAAGGACGAGUUUGAUGCGCAGGUGCUGGCGCUGUUGGGUCCCAAGGACGAGCGCGACGACCCGGCGAAGCUGAAGAAGGCAGCCAAGGCAGCCAAGCCGGCGAAGAAUGCGGCUCAGCAGGAGUCGAAGGGAUGGGAGCCGGCGACGCUGGAGAGCAUAUCAACGAGUCGCUGCGGGCUGCGCAUCUGGCGGCGACCUGGGGGCAAGGUUGUGACGCGGUUCCCGCCCGAGCCCAACGGCUACCUGCAUAUUGGCCACGCCAAGGCCAUCAACGUCAACUUUGGGUACGCGAAGAACGCACGGCGGCGUGCCGAGGAGGAGGAGUAUGUGCGGUCGAUUCUCGACAUGGUGCUGUACUCGUCGGACUACUUCCAGCAGCUGUACGAGCUGGCCGUCAAGCUGAUUGAGGCGGGCCAUGCGUAUGUGUGCCACUGCUCUGGCGAGGAGAUCCAUCAGCAGCGCGGCGGUGAAGCCAUGGGCCCGCGGUUUGCCUGCCCACACCGCGAGCGGCCGGUGGCCGAGUCGCUGGCGGAGUUCCAGAAGAUGAAGGACGGGCGGUACGCAGCCAACGAGGCGAUUCUGCGCAUGAAGAUGGAUCUGGAGGACGGCAACCCGCAGAUGUGGGAUCUUUGGUGCAUCUAUCCGACAUACGACUUCACGCAUUGCCUGUGCGACUCGUUCGAGAACAUCACCCACUCGCUGUGCACACGCGAGUUCACCAACUCGCGCCAGUCGUACUACUGGCUGUGCGAUGCGGUCGAGGUCUACAAACCGGUGCAGUGGGAGUACGGCCGUCUCAACAUCACCAACACGGUGCUGUCCAAGCGCAAGCUGCUCAAGCUGCGCGACGACGGCCAUGUGACGGCGCUCGACGACCCGCGCCUGUACACGCUGCCGGCGCUGCGUCGCCGCGGUGUGCCGCCGCAGGCCAUCAAUGCCUUUGCCAACACCACCAUCGAUGUGGUGCGCCUAGAGAACCACAUCCGCGACGCGCUGAACGAGCUGGCGCCGCGCGUCAUGGCUGCCAUUAGCCCGGUCAAGGUGGUGAUUGAGAACCUGCCUGCGGACCACCUCGAGAUGAUCGAUGUGCUCUACAAGCCGCGUGACGAGUCGUUCGGCACGCACAAGGUGCCGUUCACGCGCACGCUGUAUAUCGAUGCGUCAGACUUCCGCGAGACCGACUCGGCGGACUACUACCGCCUCGCGCCCAACAAGACCGUCGGUCUGCAGAACGUGGCCGGCCCGAUCACGUGCACGGAUGUGCGCAAGAACGCUGAUGGGUCGAUCAGCGAGAUCGUGUGCCGCCUCGAGGAUGCAGCCACGGCCGCCAAGCCCAAGACGUACAUCCAGUGGGUGGCCGAGAGCCCCGAGCACGGAUCGCCGGUGCGCCUCGACGAGGUGCGUGUGUACGACGCGCUGUUCAAGCACGCCAACCCGUACGACAAGAACGAGGUGCCGGGCGGCUGGCUGUCGGACGUCAACGACAAGUCGCUUGUUGUAGCCAAGGGAGCUGUGGCCGAGGUCGGCCUGUGGGAUCUGAUCAAGCGGCAUGCUGCGACCGCCGCCGGCAAGAAGGAGCUGGCCGAACACCACGUCGAGAACAUCCGCUUCCACUGUCCCACUGCCGCCAUCGAGGGCGAUGAUAUCAAGGGCACCAAGCUGAUCAUGAACCGCAUUGUGACGCUCAAGGAGGAUGCGAAGAAGGGAUCCAACUAA